AUGCCGCCUCGUGAAAAAAGCUCGCUCAAACGGGGAAGAGUCAACCCCGAAACGGACUCUCAAGACCAGAAGAAACCCAGACGCUCUCAAAGAAUAUCGAGCCAGCAACAACUGGAGACACCCGUGGACCAUGACUAUCUCCCCACCCCGCUGACCCAUGCCAACUCGACCGCUACAGACAUCCGCAAAGAACUCACUGCCACUCCGCCGGACAGCCCGAGUCACAACCCCGAUUUAUCGCAGGCGGUGUCAUCCCCACCUGGUGAUACCCAGGCCCUCUCGCAAUUCGUAUACCCCCCAAGGGCUUUUGCGGACGAGGUCGACGAUGAGAGUGCCGAGGGAGUUUGGGGAUAUCUCCUCCCGCUGGAUGACAAUGUGAGCGAUCCGUUCGUUCUGAAGAAGCGUGAUAGCUGUAAUGGGCGGGAGCGGGCCCCUAAGAAGGGUCAGGCUCCCGGUGGUUACCUGGUCGGCCGUCACCCUGAGUGCGAUCUGGUGAUCAAUAUCCCAACCAUUUCAAACCGACACUUCCUCCUCUUUUCGGAGAAGCGUAAGGGAGAUGUUGUUGCUAUGCUAGAAGAUCUUUCGAGCAAUGGUACCUUUGUCAACGACGCUAUAGUGGGACGAAACAAGCAUCGCGAGCUUGAAGAUGGUGACGAAGUGUCCAUUCUGAAUGAAGCCCGCUUCGUCUUUCGCUAUCCUCGCACACGAGACACGCACGGUUUCCGCCAGCAGUACCGGAUCCUACAACAACUCGGAAAAGGACAUUUUGCGACUGUUUACCUCUGUGUUGAACGGGCUACUGGAAAGCAGUUUGCCGUCAAAAAGUUUGAGAAACGUCCUGGAGACUCCCAAAAGAAUCAAGGCGAGGCAUUGCAGCAAGAGAUUGCUCUUCUGAUGGGUGUCAAUCACCCGAAUCUGCUCUGUCUGAAGGAUACAUUUGAUGAAACUGAUGCUGCUCAUCUCGUUCUGGAACUUGCUCCCGAAGGAGAGCUGUUCAACUUGAUUGUGAACAAACAAAAACUGAGCGAGGCUGAGAGCCGCCAUCUCCUCCGUCAACUCCUUGAGGGCUUGAAAUACUUGCAUGAUCGAGGAAUCGUUCAUCGCGAUAUCAAGCCGGAGAACAUCCUUCUUGCAGACAAGAAAAUGACUGUCAAGUUGGGUGAUUUUGGGCUUGCGAAGAUCAUCGGCGAGGAUUCAUUCACAACCACCUUGUGUGGUACACCAAGUUAUGUGGCACCUGAGAUCCUGCAGGAGACAAGACAGCGACGCUACACCAAAGCCGUGGACAAUCCGUGGACGCUUGCCCAACAGAUCAAGAUGGGACGAUUCGACUACCCAUCUCCAUACUGGGACUCCGUGGGAGACCCUGCAUUGGACCUAAUCGACCGAAUGCUUACAGUCGACGUCGAGAAACGCAUCAGUGUGGACGAGUGUCUCGAACACCCAUGGCUCACCGAGAAGUACCCCAGCGUCAACGAUAGUACCGAUGGGCUGACGGGUGCACUCGGCAAACUUGACUUCUCCAAGCGCAAGGUCGAGCGCGAACGCACUUUGUUAAGUAGCGUGAAUGCGGCCGAUUUCAGUGAGCAUGUCGAGGAUGGUGCGACCCCGAUCAAGGUAUUUCGCAAGAAUGAGGCCGGAAAGCGUGUUCACAACCGUCCAGCUAAGGUCUCUCGUCGUGAACCUUCUCCCGGCGACAAUAGCGGUCCUCGGGACUUCGCUAACCUCGGUGCUCGAGGAGAUCCUGCAUUGUACGAAGAGUAA